GCCAAAAUUCCCUCAACCACCUCGAGGUUUUCUCCUUUCUUCCGCCUCUCCCGCAGUCCUUUAUAUACGAGCAAUCCCCCUGGAUUCGACAGGCAAAUCACUCUAUCCCUCUCUUUCCACACACACCGCCCCCUCCCCGCCUGGAUUUUAUCAUCACCGACUACCAAGCGCAUUUCACGACUGCUACUACUAUUACACGACCCCCCUUCCCCCUUUCCCUCUCGUCCUUAAACGCUGCCGUACACCCCGCCCACUUCAAGAAUAAAACAACCAUGGCCGACCUCGUCAGAUUAGUAGGCAUAGGCGCCCAGCGCUUCGCCACCAACACGCGCGCCUCGCUCGAGGGCAUGUCGCCCGAGAAGUGGAUCCGCCUGGUCAUCAUCGUGGGCACGUACAUGCUCAUCCGGCCGUACCUGCUCAAGUUCGGCGGCAAGCAGCAGAUGAAGCAGCACGAGAAAGAGGCCGAGGAGGCCGAGGAGGCCGCCAGGGAAAAGGCCAAGAUGACGCCCAACGAGCUGCGCGGCCACAAGAUCGCCGAGAUACCAGAGGACAGCGAGGACGAGGAGGAGGAGGCGGCGGCGGCGGCGGCGGGCGCUGCUGGCCAGUCGACCUCGGCGGAGUGGGGCAAGAAGGCACGGAGGAGGCAGAGGACCAUGAUCAAGAAGAUUCUGGAGGCGGAGGAGAAGAGGUUACAGGACCUCCAGGAUGACGAUGAGGAUAAAGAUAUCCAAGAGUUCCUGACCGACUGAGCCGGCAAUAUUGGGAGUAGGAGGAAAACUGCACUACGGCUGAACCUCAUGACGGUCAGGCUGGCUGAGCGACACUGUCUCGCUCUAUAUGGCACGGGAAAAGAGAAGAAAAUAAAUCAGUCACUGAUCUGGAGGCCGGCAGCAAGUCAAGUCUUUUGAAGAAGGUGCAGAUUAAUUUCC